AUGCAAAGGAAUUCCUUUAUGGGAAGCUUCUGACUGCUCCCACGACCCUGUAUUUUGGACGCUUUUCACAGCGCGGAAAGUAAAACUGCAUAUAAAUGUAGUAGUUGCAACCUCAACUUCGGCAGUGAAGUAGCACUCUUUAUUCACCGGUUUUCAAAUAACACAAACACUGACAGAAAUGCAGCCAUACAGGAGCAUGUCCAGGUAAAGAGCUCCUCAGCCUCUGAGCCUCAGGCAACUCCUCAAGCUCUGGGAAUGGCUAUCACUCAGCUCCCUUUACCGACACCUAAUGACUUAGGCUCUAUGCAUUGCCAUCUCUGUAACAAAGACUUUAUUUCUCCAAAAGGACUCCAACAGCAUAUAGGAAAGGUCCACAACCAAGAAGGGAAAAACGCCAAAUGUCCAGUAUGCAAUAAGGAGUUCAAGCACAAGCACGCAGUUAAAUUUCACAUGAUUCAAGUGCAUGACAAAUCGACCAGAAUCAGCUGCAUUUAUUGCCAGAAGAUAUUGUACAAUAAGUAUCUGCUUGAUAUUCACGUAGACAAGUGUCUCAUGAGAGAGAACAGUCCUUUUUUCAGGCCCCAAAAUAAUAUUUAA